AUGUUCGCAGAGACCUUUGACCCGGCUGCUUUCCACAGCAUCUUUUCUCUUCAUGAUGCUGACAGGCAGUUUCGAGAAAGGAAUGGUGUUUCUUUCGUGGAGACCAAGCUAAAAUCCCUUAUUCUGCAACACGGAGUUGAAAAGAUUUUUGGAGUCGCUCUUGUUCAUCGUCAUUUUGACCUGGAAGAGGGAACAAUUCUCGUGGAAAAGGACAUGGUCACAGCCCCAUGGCGGUCCGACAAUUCUUUUGCGAAGCAUGGCGGGAAGAUUAUCCCGACUUCAUGGUUUUGCAGGGAGGGUAAUGUCUUCCCUUAUGAAUUCGGGUUUGUCCCUUAUUCCAAGACCGAUCCCCCAAGACUUGAAGAGUAUGCAUCAUUUGUUGAAGCAUUUUUUGACACUGUCAAUCUUUACGAGCUUGGGGAUUCCGUCGGUAUCCGUCGUCUUUCUGGGAACGAAUCUACGGGAAUGUUGGAAUGCACCGAGGGCAAAGUGAAUAUCAUGUUUUCGAGCAACGAGAUCCCCGUCGAAUAUUUGCGGAGCGGAACGGAAACCAUGUGGUUUUUUGAUAGCCAACCACCGUAUCGCACGUAUCGAUGUGUGUGUACGAACACAGGCAGCUCCGAGAACCCAAACCACAAUCAUAUUGACCAGCCCUAA